AUGGUUGACUGUUUUGAUAUUUUACACUUGGGAUUGUUAAAUGGAUCAAUUGCUUUCAUAAUAUAUGACAAAACAACUACAUUUCACAUAAGAAUAUUGGGUGAACUUGGUGUGAAGGAAUCAUGGGCUAAUAUCUUCAUUGUCAAGCCCUUACCUUGCGUUGAACGUCCAAUUGGAGUAGGAAAGAAAUGGGAUAUAUUCUUGAGAAAAAAUGAUGAUGAACUAGUGUGGUAUGAUAUGAGUACUCAGACAAUUGAUGAGCUUGGUGUUAAAGAAAGCCAAAAUUAUUGUUGCAUUGUAGUUUAUAAGGAAAACCUUCUCCCAAUUGUAGGUUUAUGA